AGCGUAGAAAAAGUUUUCAUCAACAGCCGCCAUUUUGCGCUGGAGAGACUGAGAAGAAUUUCGGAAUUUGUCGUGUAAAUUUUCUGUUUUUUCUUACAUCAUUUUAUCAUAAACUUUACCAUUCCGUGUAUUUUAAAGUGUUAAGUGAAAUCGUGUUGUUCGAUAUCGUAAAUAAGUUCUAUAAAGUAGCUAAAAUCUGGUGAUAUUGUUUUCAUUUAUUGUGCUAGUUCCGACGGAAGAUGGUGAGAGGGUCUGUGUAGCUCUUCGAUUCGGAGCUUUGUAAUGGCGAAUACUUGAGUGAGAAAUUAUAAUAUGUGCCUUCAAUGGUGCGAAGGACAUCGAACGAUCGCGAUGUGGGUGAAUUACAUUAUGAUGAAUGACAAAUCGCUCUAAAAUGUUAUUUCUUGAAGAUAUAAGACAUAAAAGUGUUUUUUAAAUCGGCGGGCCGAAAUAUUCACGACGGCUUACGUUUAGUAAACAGAGCCAUGGCCGAUGAGCCGCCUAACAAGCGGCCUAAGAUGAUCCGGGACCCUUUUCAGGGUCCCUCGGACUCCGCGGUAGAUGGGUUUUCUAACCUUGACAUGUUCGACCUCGAAAAGGACCUCCCAGAUGAAUUGAUGGGAGGUGCUUGGGGCGAACAGCCCGGGGUCACGGGCCCCAAGCCUCCCGCUCAGGGACCGGGCCCAGGGGGGCAGAUGUCCCAACAACAGCAGCUGAAUGGAGAUGAUCCUACAGCGGCUAUACACAGGCAAAUCAACAAUCACCUUAUACAACAAGUCUUUUCACAGGGCAACAAAGGCUUAGUAGGUCACAACAAUCCGUUAGGAUUGAGUAAUUUAGGUAGUAAGAGUCCAAACUUACAGUCACCUCCAAAUGUGUCUGUAUCCAAGGACCUCAUGGGUGGCAUGCACCCACAACUAAUGCCAAAUACGAGUCAUCCAAAUCAGCUGCACUCUACAAUGCCCAUGAGUUCAAUUCAGGGAGGAAUGAAUGUGGCUACUGUUGGUGGAAACAUGAUAGUGACCAAUAGCAACAUGUCUGGCGCGGGUAUGCUGGGCAGCGGAAUCAUCAACAGUGUCAACAAGCAGCUCCCACUCAUGGGCGCCAACCAUCACGGUACACCGCCGCAUCAUCCGCACGCUCAGCCUAUGCAAAACGGGCCACUGAGUGGGCGCGUGAUGGGUACCCCGAACAUGCGCACGGCGCUGCAGCACCACCCGCGCAUGCCGGCGCCGGGCGGCGGCGGACACCCGCUGGCGCCCUACCAGCCGCCCUACGCGCAGUCGGCGCAGGGGCCCGGCGUGCCGCACGUGCAGCGCGCCGCCAACGCGCAGGGCGUCGGCGUCGGCGUGCGCUUCGGGCCGCCAGCCGACGCGGGCGGCGGCGCGGCCCAGGCGGUGCCGCCGGCUCCCUCGCCGCAGACGCCGGGCGCGCCGGCCGGCGGCCAGUCCCAGCCGCAGGCUGCGACGCAAGCUCCUUCCUCGCAGCCUCCGAAUGCUGCGCAACCGCCUACCACCGGGUCUAUCGCCGACCCGGAGAAACGGAAGCUUAUUCAACAGCAACUGGUGCUACUAUUACACGCACACAAGUGUCAGAGACGAGAGUCUCAGUCCAACGGCGAGACGUGGCAGUGUACAUUACCACACUGCAAGACUAUGAAAGGUGUACUCAAUCAUAUGAUGUCGUGUCAGGCUGGCAAAAACUGUGCUGUACCUCAUUGCUCGUCAUCGAGACAAAUAAUUAACCACUGGAAACAUUGCAAUAAAAAUGACUGUCCUGUUUGUUUACCGCUGAAGCAAGCCGAUAGGACUAGAAAUAUGACUGCAGCGGCAGUGACUCACACUACGGCAGGAGUGAGCACUGGCAACGUAGGAGGCGUCGGAGGCGUCGGGCCCGUGCCCGGCGUCGGGGGCGUCGGAGGCGUCGGCGGCGCCGCCAACAACAUGGGCGCCGUCAACCAGCUCGGGGGCGCCGCGCCCAGCAGUGCGCCUCCCGCGGCCGCCGCGCCCAGCACGCAGGGCGCCGACAUGAAGCGCGCGUACGAGGCGCUGGGCAUCACGUGCCCCACGUCCGUGGCCAACAUGGGCGGCUUCCCGCGCGCGCCGCUGUCCCGCAUGGCGGUGCCGCGCGCGCCGGGGCUGGCCGAGCCCGGGCCGCCGCAGCCCAUGCCGGCCUUGUUCGCGCAGCAGCCGGCCGACCUGCAGCAGCAGCAGCAGCAGCAACUGAUGGGGGGUCCACUGCAACUACCGGGCGGUGCCGUAACCGCCAAUCCAGUAUCCGGCACCAAAGAGUGGCAUCAUUCUAUUACGGCUGAUCUCAGAAACCACCUCGUCCACAAGCUGGUUCAAGCUAUAUUUCCCACACCCGAUCCGACUGCAAUGUUGGACAAAAGAAUGCAUAAUCUUGUAGCUUAUGCGAGAAAAGUAGAAGGUGAUAUGUACGAAAUGGCAAGUACUCGAUCAGAGUAUUAUCAUUUGCUUGCCGAAAAAAUAUACAAAAUUCAAAAAGAACUCGAAGAAAAGAGACAAAAGAGAAAGGAACAGCAACAAUUGCAGCAACAACAACAAGCUGCGCAACAACAGCAGCAGCAGCAACAACAGCAGCAACAAGUGCAACAACAACAGCAGCAGCAAGUGCAACAACAGCAACAACAACAAGUAGCGCAACUGCAACAACAGCAACAGCAGCAGCAACAACAACAACAACAGCAGCAGCAGCAGCAACCGGUCAGCGUCAUGUCAGGCGGUGGCGUCAUGGGCGGGGUCGGCGGGGUCGGCGGGCCGCGGCCGGGUGUCGGCGGCCAGCUCGCCCGGCCCGCGCUGCCCGCGCUGGGCGCCCAGCCCGCGCUGCCCACCAUGCGCAUCCCCUCGCCCGGCAUCGCGCUCUCCAUGCCUGCCAACCGCAUGGCCUUCCAGCCCAACCUCGUGGGCCCUCCGGGACCCAGUCCGAAUCAGAUGCCGCAGACGCCCAACGGUGGAAGCGUGGGCGUCGGCAGCGUCGGGAACCCGGGCAUGUCACCGUUCGGCCAGCCGAUGACUUCGCCGGCACCGAAUUACCCCCCGAUGCAAACGAACGGUCCGGCACCGCUGGCGUCGCCGGGUCAUCCGGAUGCGAAAGUUCGUUUACUGGGCAGCGCGGUGCAGAGUCCGUUCGUGAACCACGCCUUCGGGCGCGCAGACGCCGCGGCGGCGUCCCCGGCGGGCGGCGCGCCGGCCAGCGUGCCGGCCGCCGUGGCCGCGGCCGCGCCGGGCACGCCGGCCACGCCGCUGGCGCACCCCUCGCCCGCGCCCGCGCGUCCGCCGCCCGUGUCCUCUCAUCUCGCUGCAAUCACCGCUUCCUCUUCUGCCGAUGACAGUCCACCUCAAGACGAUAGUCGCAUCAAACAAGAGCAAGAUGACGUCCGUGUCAAAGAUGAGCCUGAAGAAGAUUGUGGGGGUAAAGGCAUGCGCGAUGAAACCCCUGACAAAGACGCGGAACGACCUGACUUUAACAUCAAGACUGAAGUUAAAACAGAGGUCAAAUCUGAAGUCAAGGAGGAACCCGGGGAAACUAGCGUCGGUAGUGUUGGGGAAACUACAACAGGAGAACGUGGCGCACGCAGAACCUUUGUAUUUAAACCUGAAGAGCUUCGGGUGGCGCUCAUGCCAACUUUAGAGAAAUUAUUCCGACAAGACCCCGAGUCCUUACCGUUUAGACAACCAGUCGACGCGACAGCGCUCGGUAUACCUGACUACUUCGACAUUGUCACCAAACCUAUUGACUUGUCCACCAUCAAACUAAAAUUAGAUCGUGGAGAAUACAGAGAUCCCUGGGAGUAUGUUGAUGACGUCUGGCUGAUGUUUGAAAAUGCCUGGCUUUACAAUCGUAAGAACUCCAGAGUAUACAGAUAUUGUACCAAGCUCUCAGAAGUGUUCGAGUUGGAAAUUGAUCCCGUCAUGCAAAGUUUAGGCUAUUGCUGUGGUAGGAAGUACACUUUCAACCCUCAAGUGCUCUGCUGUUACGGCAAGCAGUUGUGUACGAUACCACGGGAUGCUAAGUACUUCAGUUACCAGAAUAGUCUAAAAGCGUAUGGGGUUGUCUCCGAUAGAUACACCUUCUGCCAGAAAUGCUUCAAUGACAUCCAGGGCGACACCGUCACGCUCGGCGACGACCCGCUGCAGCCACAAACUGCAAUCAAGAAGGAUCAAUUCAAAGAAAUGAAGAAUGAUCACCUAGAACAAGAACCGUUUGUUGUGUGUAUGGACUGUGGGAGGAAGCAGCAUCAAAUAUGUGUGCUCCACCACGACUCAAUAUGGCCCCAGGGCUUCUGCUGUGAUAAUUGUUUGAAGAAGAAAGGGGCUAAACGGAAAGAGAACAAAUUUUCUGCUAAAAAACUUCCUACUUCCAAACUUGGCAUUUAUAUUGAAACAAGAGUCAAUAAUUUCCUUAAGAAAAAAGAGGCUGGCGCUGGUGAAGUGCAUAUCAGGGUGGUCGCAUCAUCGGACAAGAUGGUGGAAGUGAAACCAGGCAUGAGAUCGAGAUUCGUAGAAUCUGGUGAACUGUGCUCCGAGUUCCCGUAUCGGGCUAAAGCGUUGUUUGCAUUUGAAGAGAUUGAUGGAACAGAUAUUUGUUUCUUUGGCAUGCACGUGCAGGAGUAUGGUAGUGAGAGCCCGACACCUAACACGAGGCGUGUUUACAUAGCAUAUCUAGAUUCUGUACACUUUUUCCAACCUAGGCAGUACAGGACUGCUGUCUACCACGAGAUUUUAUUAGGAUACUUAGAUUACGCCAAGCAACUGGGCUACACAAUGGCUCAUAUCUGGGCUUGUCCACCCUCAGAAGGGGACGAUUAUAUCUUCCACUGCCAUCCACCCGAACAAAAAAUUCCUAAACCUAAAAGGUUACAAGAGUGGUAUAAGAAAAUGUUAGAUAAGGGAAUUAUAGAGAGAAUAAUAUUAGAUUAUAAAGACAUACUCAAGCAAGCUAUGGAGGACAAUAUCUCGUCUGCGGCGGAGCUACCUUACUUCGAAGGUGACUUCUGGCCCAACGUCCUUGAGGAGUCCAUCAAGGAGUUGGAUCAGGAGGAGGAAGAGAAGAGAAAGCAAGCUGAAGCCGCCGAGGCAGUGAUAUUCCAGUCCUCUGAGGAGAAUGAGCAAGGUCCUGAUGGCAAGAAGAAGGGUCAGAAAAAGGCGAAGAAGUCGAACAAGUCAAAAGCUGCGCAGCGUAAGAAUAGCAAGAAGCAAAGCGACCAGCAGCAAGGCAGUGAUCUCAGUGCAAAGAUAUUUGCCACCAUGGAGAAACACAAGGAGGUGUUCUUCGUUAUUAGGCUACAUUCCGCACAAUCUGCUGCCAGCUUAGCGCCCAUCCAAGACCCAGAUCCACUGAUCAACUGCGACCUGAUGGACGGGCGCGACGCGUUCCUAACGAUGGCUCGUGACCGACACUACGAGUUCUCGUCGACGCGGCGCGCGCGAUUCUCCACCCUGUGCAUGCUGUACGAGCUCCACAACCAGGGCACGGACAAGUUUGUCUACACCUGCAACAGCUGCAAGUCGCACGUCGAGACGCGCUACCACUGCACCGUCUGCGACGACUUCGACCUCUGCGUGCCCUGCCACGAGAAGGAAGGCCAUCCGCACAAGAUGGAGAAGCUGGGUCUCGACAUCGACGUGGGCUCGUCCCCGGGCGACAUGAAGCAGGCCAACCCGCAGGAGGCGCGCAAGCUGUCCAUCCAGCGCUGCAUACAGUCGCUGGUACACGCCUGCCAGUGUCGCGAUGCCAACUGCAGACUACCGUCCUGCCAGAAGAUGAAGCGUGUCGUAACGCAUACGAAGAUUUGCCGCAGAAAGACCAAGGGCGACUGCCCUAUCUGCAAGCAACUCAUCGCAUUGUGUUGUUACCAUGCAAAGCACUGUCAGGAGACCAAGUGUUCUGUACCUUUCUGCAGCUCUAUCAAACAGAAACUGAAGCAGCAACAGGUGCAACAGCGAGUACAGCAGGCUAAGCUAUUGCGCAGGCGCAUGGCAGCCAUGAACACGCGCGGCGCCGCGCCUCCCUCCCCGCCCCCGGCCGCGUCGCUGGCCUCGCCCCCGCCUUCUAAACCAGCUACACACGCCUUACCUCACAAUGUGCAGAAGGCUUUGCAGCAGGUUCAGGAGGAGGCGGCGCGGCAACAAGCGCCGUCUUACGGGAAGCAAGCAGCGAUGGGCCCUCCGGCGGGAGGGGUCGGCGGAGUGGGCGGCGUCGGCGGGGUGAACGUGGGCGGGGUCGGCGGCGUGGGCGGCGUGGGCGCGCGCGGCGACUGGGCGGCGCGGUACCGCGCCCCGCCCCCGCUGCACCACCCGGCGCACGCGCCGCACCACGCGCGCCUGCAGCACCACCCGCAGCCGCAGCCGCACCACCCGCACCCGCACCAACAACAGCAGCUACAGCAAAGGGCGCCGGCGCCGACACAGCAAGCAAGUCAACCGCAAGUUCAUCAGAAAGCAUUACAACAAUUAAUGGCUACCUUGAGGUCGCCGACCAGUCACAACCAACAGCAAGAGAUACUGCAGAUACUCAAGUCCAACCCCCCGCUCAUGGCCGCCUUCAUCAAACAAAGACAGAAUGCCCAAAAUCAACAACAAGCGGCAGGCGGUGUUGGUGGAGUUGGCCCUGUAGGUGGGGUCGGGGGUGUGAGUGGUGUGGGUGGCGUCUGCGGCGUGGGCGGCGUGGGAGGCGUGGGCGGCGUGGGCGGCGUCGGCCUGCCGCAGCAACAACCACAGCUACAGCACAUGAUGCAGCCGCAGCAACAGCAACGGUUGCAGCAGAUGCAUCAGAUGUUACCGCAGCAGUCCCAGGUUGGUGGCGUGACUGGUGUCGGCGGUGUGUCGGGAGUGGGGCUGAGCGGCGUGGGCGCCGGCGGGGCCGGGGUCGGGGUCGCGGGGGGCAUGGCGCACGGCGGCGCCGGCUGGUUCAAGGGGGGCGUCGGCGGGGUCGGCGGCGUCGGCGGCGUGGGCGGCAACAUGAUGGGCAUGCGCGGGGCCUACGGCGGCGCGGGCGGCGUGGCGGGCGUGGGCGCGCGCAUGAGCGCGGUGGGCGCGCGCUACGCCUUCGGCGGCGGCGGCGGCGUGGGCGUGGGCGUGGGCGCCACGCGGUCGCCGCCGGCCACGCCGUCCCCGCGGCCGCCGACGCCGAGCGAGCUGCUGCUGCUGCGGCAGUCGCCGGCGCCGGGCGGGCCGCUGGCGCCGCCCGAGGAGCAGCUGCCGCCCAUGACGCCGCAGGACCAGCUCACGAAGUUCGUGGAGCAGUUGUAGUGUACAUACUGAGGCGCGCGGCCGUGUACAUAUAGGCUAGUGCCGCGCCGCACGAGUGUAUCCCCUCCCCCUCGCUCGUCCCCUCCCCGCCCUAUUUAUUGAUCGAGUUGUCGUUAGCGACGCGAGGGACGUAAAUUAAGUAUUACGAUGACCGAAACGAGCGCUCAAUGUACAAAAUGUAAAUAUGAGAGGAGUACGUCCUGUCCGCUUCUGCGUAAUGUAAGUUGUUUGUAGUGUAGGUACAUUAUGAUACUUAUUCUGUUUAUUGUAAUUAAAUCAUUUUAUAAUAUAAUUAUGUGAUCAUUAUAAAAA